CCGGAAUCCGGUUAGCUAGCUCUACUACUCUGCCUCGGUAACUUGUCUUCCUUCUCCUUUUCCCUCCACCUUCUUCCUGUCCAAUCUCUUUCCUCCUCUUCUUCCAUUCUUCAUCCAUGCUUAAUACUAGGAACCCCCUUUUCAGAUUCUCCUUUUAUUCUUAAGUUAAGCUUCACAACAAAGUUUUAUCAAUGGGGAACAAGAAAAGAGAUGAGAAGGAAACCGAAAAUGAACACAGCCCAUCAACUGUUUUCGUCUCCAAUUUGCCCUAUUCCAUUACCAACUCUCAGAUAUCAGCUAUUAGAUAUCAGCAACUAUCAGCUAUUGGUUAAUUACAUCCAUCAACUAUUCUUAACAAGUAAACCAAACAAAGCCUUAUCCUCGGUAAAAGUUAUAGGCAAAUAUUAUUAUAAACAAUGAAUCGUGAGUAAUGUUCAUCAUAUGAUGCGAUGAAUAGGAAGCCAAUACUCAGAAAUCAGAAUGUUCUCUUUUCAAUAGGAUAUUUUUGAGGACCAUGCCAGCAUUGUGACUGGUUAUCCAUUCAUGAUACAAGUAAGCAUAUAACAACAAUUUUGCAAAAUGGAAGUUCAAAUCCUCACAAAAGAUGGAUUUUCAAAUCCGAGUCUUCUAGGAACUAUGUAAAAAGUAAUCAAAACCAAGCCUUUUAUUUUACAGUUCCUUUUGUACUUGGAUCUGUGUACUGUACAGUGUGUUGCAGAAGACGCCAAUUGUGCCAUUGAACUUAAGAAUGGUUUAUCCCUUGGAGGCCAAAAAAUUGGAGUAAAACAUGGAAUUCAUCAUGCUCCACUGGAGCAGUUUCAGUCUAAAGCAACCCAAGACAAGCAUGGUUCACCUCUGUGAGAACCAGGGAAACCUGUGCAGUCUCAGAAACCAGCAAAAAUUUGUGGUGAUUUAGCUGAUAAAGAGAAUUGUUCAGAAUUUAUCAGAGGAGAAAAAAAAAAAAAAAAAAAGAGAGAAUUGUUCAGAAAAGCAGAGGUCUUGCACGAGAUGGUUGCAAGAUGGAUGCUUCGGCUAUGCAUUUUACCAGUGUCAAAGAAGCUCGUGCUUCCAGUGCAAUGUUACACCAAAAAGAGAUAAAGGGAAGCAUUGUUUGGGCACACCAACUAGGUUGUGAGGGAUCCAAGACUCAAAAGUGGAAACUUCUUGGCAGAAAUCUUCCUUUCAAGGCUAAAGAAAAUGAGAUAAAGAAUGUGUUUUCAUCAGCAGGAUUUGUCCUGGGAUGUCUUGUUUCCACAUAUCUCUGAAACGGGGUCAUCGAAAGGGUUUGCAUUUGUCAAAUUUACAUGUAGGGUAAGGGUCCAUCUUUGACAAAUGCUAACCCUUAAGUUUAAGGGUAUUGCACUGCCUUUGUAGCAUUGUGGCAGUGUUCAGUGGCGAAG